GGACGCUCCAACGGUCUCCUCACUUGACGAUACCCAGAUACUUUGCCAGGCAGCCUCUCGUACGCCUUGCAGGACGGUUGAACACCUCGGCAUCAACCUCCGCAGCCAUGCCGUCCCUCCGCGUGCAAGACCAAGACCUCUUCUACACCUGGCAUGCCGCCGGCGACCCCGUCCUGCUCUUCAUCCACGGCCUCGGCUCCUCCAACUCCUUUUACGCCCCCAUCAUCCCGUCGCUCGUCCAACAGGGCAUCUCAUGCCUGGCCUUUGACACGCCGGGCAGCGCCCUGUCGCCCUACCGCGGCCAGGACAGCGACCCGGCCAUGCUCUGCGGGGCCGCCAGCGCCCUCCUCACCGCACUGAAGAUUGACGCCCGGCGCGUCGUGGCCGUGGGUCACUCCAUGGGCGCCAUCGUCGCCAGCGAGCUCGCCCGCAGCCUCGACGUCGCGGGCGCCGUCCUGGUCGGCCCCGUCAACCCCAACGAGGCGCUGGUCGGGGUCUUUGAGGCCCGCGUCAAGCUGGUCGACGCAGAGGGCAUGGAGGGCGUCGCUGCCGUGGUGCCGUUUGCCGCCACGGGCCCCAGGGCCACGCCGACGCAGCAGGCUUUUAUCCGGACGCUCCUCCUCGCGCAGUCGCCCGAGGGAUACAAGUCGCUGUGCCGUACGAUACAAAGGGCGACCCGGCCGCGGUACGAGGACAUCAAGUGCCCGUUGCUCAUCAUCGCAGGGUCGCACGACAAGACGAGCCCGAUGGGCGGGUCCGAGCACAUCUUGCAGAGCUGGGGCGUCGACGCGGGCCGGAAGCGCCUCGAGGUGCUCCAGGGCGUGGGGCAUUGGCAUUGCAUAGAGGCCGCGGACGGGGUGCUGGCGCUGGUGAGCGGCUUCGUGGCCGAGGUCACGCCCACGAGUUGAUGUGCGGUGACGGAGCCAUGACGAAUGCUUGAAUCUACUAGGUACUCUAUAGCGCUACAAGAUGCUCCGUGUGCAGGCGAGGCCGCAGUGUUACUUGUUGGCCGCCGCAAUCGCUCCCGUGUCCUACGUGUGUUAGUGUUUGGGAGCACUGAUGAACGGAAACACUGGUAAAUGGAGGGGACG